AUGAAACCGAGCGGCCGGGAGCGCCGCGCUCAACGCAGCCGAAGCCCGCCCGCCCGCUCCCCCCCCCUCGCCCACGCGCACGCGCACCGCCAUAAAGCCGCCACAGCGGCUCAUCUCCCGGUGAGAGAGAGAUUAGAGCAGUCGACAGCGGGUGUCUGGAACGCGACGCAGCGACACUUCGGGUCGUGUGCGGCCAAGGCGACCAACGAAGAAGACCCGGCGGCGAUGGCUGCAGGGGCGUGGGACAGCAACGCGAGCGUGCCCCGGAACACGUCGGCGGCAGACGUGCCGGCGGACGCCUCGGCGGCGCUGCGCGCGCUGGUGUCGGCGGUGUACCUGCUGGUGUGCGUGGCCGGACUGCUGGGAAACCUGCUCGUGCUCGUGCUCGUCAAGGGUCGCGCGGGGCGGCGGCGGCGGCGGCUGCGCGCCACCGUCAACGUGUUCAUCUCCAACCUGGCGAUGACAGACCUGGGCUUCGUGCUGACUUUGCCCUUCUGGGCGGCGGACACGCUCCUGGACUUCAGCUGGCCCUUCGGCCACACGAUGUGCAAACUGGUCCUGAGCGUGACCGUGAUGAACAUGUACGCCAGCGUCUUCUUCCUCGCCGCCAUGAGCGUCGCGCGAUACCGCUCGGUGGCGUCCGCGCUGCGUCCGCGCGGCGGGCGGCGGGGGCGUACGCGCUCGGCGGCCUGGGCGGCCGGCGCGCUGUGGGCGGGCGCCGCCUCGGCCACGGCCCCCGCCGCCGUCUUCUCGACGGUGCGGCGCGUGGCCGGGGAGCGCCUGUGCCUGCUGGGCUUCCCGGAAGGCGGCACCUGGCUGGCGCUGUACCACCUUCAAAAGAUCCUGGUGGGCUUCGUGGUGCCCCUGGGCGUGGUGUGCGCGUGCUACCUGCUGUUGCUCCGCCUGCUGCGCAGGCGCGGCGCCAAGCAGCUGCGGCGGCGCGCCCACGUCACCCGCUCCGUGACCGUCGUGGUCCUGUCCUUCUUCCUGUGCUGGUUGCCCAACCAGGCCGUGACCCUGUGGGGCGUCCUGGUCAAGUUAAACCUGCUGCAGUGGGACCGCGCCUACUACGUGGCGCACACGUACGCGCACCCGCUCACCGUAUGCUUGGCGCACGGCAACAGCUGCCUCAAUCCGCUGCUCUACUGCCUGCUGCGCCGAGAUUUCAGAACCCGUCUCAAAGAGAUGUUCCGGAAGGUGGCGUCGCCCGCCGCGGCCCCCCGCCGCGCUCCCGCUCGAGCCCGGGACGCACACGCCGUCGGGAUUCCGCUCGACAACUUGGGCGACACCCAAAACUGUCAACUCCCGUGA